AUGUUGACCAGCUGCCGCAGGACCUCGCGGCAGCCGUCUGCAUGGCCGAGAGCUACAGCUUCCUACGACGAGGAAUUCGCGUGCAUCUGUGAUCUCCAGAACGACACCAUGCUCGUCAGCGGCUUCUACCGCGAGAGACGCGAGGUCGAAGUGCACUGGCCGAUGAGCCCUCAGCGAGGCGUCGUCGCCAUCCCCAUGACCCCAUACGACCACUUCGGCGGCCCCUCGUGCACCGUCGCCCAAUUACUCCUGAAAGUUCAACACCAAGGUGGCCGCAACAGGCUCGUCUACGUAUUGCUGUCCUUGGGGUUCCUCAGGAAAGAAAACAAAUAUUCCUUUAAAUACAAGGCGCACAUAUACGUGCUGCAACAAGACGGCCAGUGGCGCUUCCGGUCAUUGGCCGAGGUGGUGCUCCCUUAUCCCAAGCCGGGCUCCAAACCUCUGCUGGUCGGCACCAAGAUCUAUUUGGAGCACUCUACCAGCAUCGCCGCGCUGGAUCUGGAAACCUCAAGCUUCUCCACGAUUCCGCUCCCGGAAGGAAUGGAGCGGUAUGAUUGCAAAGAUAUGAUGCUUUCGGCUACCUAUGAUUCAGGAUUUUUUCUUAUCCAUCUUGAUAAGGACCUCGAGCUUUGUAUCUGGCUCCACAUUGGGGACUGGUGGCAGCUUCUUGAUGUCGUUAGCUUGCCUGGGAUGUUUGCUACUUUGGGGGUGACAGGUUGGACGGCUGAUGGCGAGCCUGCUACUCUUUUCCAAACAACCAAGACGGGGGAUUUUGCCGAGUUUGUUUUCCUCAAGUUGGGAAAAUGUGCACUCUGCUACGAUACUAGGCGCAGGGUGCUGCGUAAAGUGUAUGAGGUGACGCAAGAGGAUCAAACUCUAGAGCAGAUCCAUCCUUUUAUGAUGACAUGGCCCCCCAUCUUCCCUGCGCUCAAGGGUGAUCAUCUUGCAAGGUCCUUCUCUGCCGACGACGAUGACGCACUCUUGCGCCAUUCACCUUCUUGGAGGCGUCGCCGCAAGACCCCCCCUCCUUUGGUUCCUCAAGCUCUGCCAGGUGGCCGGCCCGUUGCUGAGUUCCCCCUUGAGUUGCAGUCUUGGUGCGGUGGAGGCGAUCCGGGCAGAUCAUCAUCUGCUCCUCUGCUCCCACAGGUAGGUGGCGAAGAGGACCAACAGACAUCAGCUGAGAUGGCUGAUCCCACAGGAAUGGUUUGUUCAGUCAGUCAUUUUCCAGCAGCAUUCUUCAGUCAGUCCUUUCCAGCAGCAUUGGUGUGCCUGCAGCACAUUGCUGGCAUGGUCACAGAAGUGUGCCUUCUCUAUCAUGCUAUCUCUGGAUUUGAGAUUUUGUGA